CAUCUUGGUAAGCGGAAAAACGAAAGAGUUCUUAUUCUCACCAAAUGACUCUGCUGCAGAUAUUGCAAAACAUGUGUAUGACAACUGGCCAAUGGGUAAGUACCUGUGUGCCUUCGGCAUUUUAAUGGCAAGCUUGAAGCUCCCCCGUGUUUUCAGACUAAAAUGCUAAUAAAUGUGUUCUCAACAUUCAGAUUUACAUAAAGUAAAAUCGUCAUCUUGCCUUUGUUUUGUUUCUUAGGUUUAGAUGUCUUGACUGUUUCCCACUUUGUUUCUAAAACUCGCUUUUCCAGACUGAAGCUACUUCUUUAUCUUUAGAUACUUGGUUAAUUUUGGUAGAGGAUAUGAUAAGUGGAAGACCUCAAAAUGCUGAAGAUACAAAACUACUUAUGUGAGGACAGCUAGUGGGAAAACAUAGUGUGUCACAGAAACACAUUUGUUGUAUUGAGUCUCAGGUUUUUCUCACGUGCUGCCUUACCAUGGAAAGGAUCUGUAUAAAUAUUUUCCCAGGGAAAAAUGAAGUAUAAAAGAACAUUUUAAUACGAAUUAAAAGACAGAGGGGGAACUAAGACUGUUUAUAUGAAUAUAUUCGAUGCUAUGCAGGAAUACUACUCUUGUAAAUUGGAAUUGAAGACUAAGGUGUAUUAUUCACAUAUGUGAAUAGUUCUAUAAAGACAAAGUGCUACUGUUUUCCGUGAGUAUGAUUUCAUGGGAAAAUAGCCAAAGCACAGACAUAGCUUUACAUAUGAUGAAAGAAAAUGCUUCCUUUGGUACAGGAUUUCAUCUGGGUUACUAUUUUGAUGAUGAAAAAGACUAUUAUUUGCACAAAUUGACAACACUACAAUAUCUGUUUCAGUUGUGUCUUAGUCACUGAGGUGGAAUAGAUAAUGCACCAUGCCAAAAAGUUGAUGAUAAUCUGUAUUUUAGACUGUAAGCUUGCCAUCUUUGAGGUCAGUAAGAACAGGAGCUUUUGUGGUUGCUUGUUUUGCUGGAAUGUAGCAUUAUAUAUGUAGCACUAUACAUUUAGUAAAAUAAAUAACGAAAGAAAAGGCUUGUAGUCAUCUGAAAUAUUAGACACACAACACUUCUACACUAAGAAAUUUGCUGAUUUCUGAAUGAUAUGUUUCUAAUAUGAUCUGCUCUUACUACCACGUGAAGAGCUUGAAGGUUGCAGACUGAGUUUACAUUUGAGAAGAAACUCACCCUUUAAAAAUCUCAUCUUGAAGAAAAGGAAAAACAGAACUGGACAUGGGAGGCAUCAGUUCGAUUACCUGGUAUCCCACGGGAGUACUCGGAAUCUUCUUCGUGAAUAUUUAAUUGCCUGCACAAAGAAGGAUAGCAGCAAUUUAAAAGACUGAGGAAAAAACUACUUGGGAAAAGUGUAUAGGUUUUCAUAUAUGUUAUUAGCCUAUUAGCUGUUUUUUAAGUGAGAGCACUCUUCUGUGCUGUGGGACUGAGAAAUCCGAACGAGAACAAAAGUUUAUUUGAAAUGGAGAGGAUAUGAAAUCACUGUUUUUACUGUCGUCGUGACUUGUCAUGAUCUUGUGGGAAGGAAAAAACCAACCAUGAAGUAUCUUUAGUCACAUGCUAGCGAACUUAAGCCAAACCUCUCUUCCUCCUUUGGUAAUGCAAUUGUUGAUUAAGGAUUUCCUGGCUUAUAGUGGAGAAUGCUAAGUUAAUAUCCAUGUAUACAAUGUAGGUAGGUUUCCUAUUCUCUUGCAUCCCUUUUCUUCUAAAUAACUUUAAAGGAUGUUUUGAUCAGGAAUUAUCAGUUAAGCUUUAAUAAUAAGAAGAAAUAAAGUCAGGUAAAUAUUUUCUCCUUGACUCCCUUAGUCAUCAGUGGAAUUUGAAAAUUGAAAUAGUGUCAGAAAUGUUUUGGAUUGCAGGCCAAGAAUUAAAAAGAUGGGUAAAUUGGCAGGUUAACAGUGAGGAAAUACCUCUGCCAAAAUACAGUCUGUUGUCUUCUGGUUGCUGUUCUGUAUCACUAUGGUACUGUAAAUUGGCAGAUCUUUACGACCAGAGUCUCUGCAGUUCAGAUGUUAUGGAGUAAAUAUAAUUACGUAAACCUGGUACCAUCCAAAGAGUAGUUUCUCCUAGCAAUGUGAUAAUUCCAAUUCUUAGCUUAGUCCUCCCAACACAGCAGAAAUGGCACGUGCUCUUGUUGCCAGACAAUUGAAUCAGACAACCAGUGGCAGUAAUUGAAAUGGCUCCGGUUGCCAAGUUUUAUCAAAGCGUGUAGCCCAGGCCUGCGCUCAGUGACCCUACAGCUGCUGCCCUGCCUACCCACCCGGCCACCCUCAUGCUCCCACCGGCUGCCCACUGCUUGCCUCCUUUCCCCUUUUCAGUUCUCCUUUUGUGGUGCCUUGCCGCUGUCUGUGUGCUAAUUGUAUGUUCCCAGUUAACAGGUUGGCCUCUGUCUUCGGUCACCAUCCCCUGCUGAAUAUUCAUUCUGGUAUACAAACACUACAAAAGCUGCAAAAGAGCACAUUUGUGAGCAGCUGUUAGCAGAUAUCUGGUCAGCUGAGAGACAGAAGACUGCUCCCAGAGAGCCCAUUUAAAUGCAACAUUUAAAGGUUUUUAUGUUUAUUCCAAAAGCAAAGUGCAGAUGUAUUUGUUCAUAUUUUACAGGGAACAGUGAAAGACUAGGAAAUGAUCAUCUCGGCUUAUAAAUGAUUUAUUGCAGCCUAGGAGUUAUGGGAAAUGCAUUAUAGGAAAAUGUAUGCUUGUUUUUCCCGAAUCGCUAUUUGCUCCAUAAAAACAUACCCAGAUUGUUCUUGGAGACGUUCCUUAAAACAUACCAGUAAAUGUCUCCUCUGUGAGAGCCCUCUGUUCGGCCUCCCUGCAGCGACUGUUUGGGCUGUUCAGUUCCCUGCCGCCUCUGGACAUGGAACUGGCUCAAGCUGGUCGGCAUCGAGCGCCGCUGAGCAGCCCACAGCGAGCUCAGUUGUGUGAUCUGGGAGCCCUGUUUCAAAUGACCGGUCACAUGCACUGCUGGAUGCGACUGCUUCUCAGUGCUGGAGAAAGGCUCCAGUUAGACAGCCAAGUGGGGAGGAUGAAUUGGGAAGAAGAACAAGUCAGCAGUCCAAAUAUCUUGCGGCUUAUUUAUCAAGGGAGGUUUCUUCAUGGCAAUGUGACACUAGGAGCAUUAAAACUUCCUUUUGGCAAAACAACAGUGAUGCAUUUGGUGGCUAGAGAGACAUUGCCAGAACCAAAUUCUCAAGGUCAAAGGAACCGUGAAAAAACUGGAGAAAGCAAUUGCUGUGUAAUCCUGUAAACCCUGUUAGCUUUACCUGCUAAGUGUGAUGUAAUAUAGUCUUUGUCUUUCAUGCUGCUGGAAUAGAAGAGGCCCUACCUUGCUUCAAACACCUGUAGGAAGAGCCUGUCUGUAAAUCCAUGGAACUGAAAUAUUACACGAACACUGUCUCAUUAGUCUUUUUUUAAAGAGAAAGAUCUGUGAACACUUUCAUUUUUUUAAAAUUCCUGCUUUUUGUUUGUUGAGUAAUCCUACAGUCCAUCAGUUCUGGAAGGAAUUUGAUCUCCUGAAAACUUAACGUGUUCUUUUCCAUAGCAGGAAUCAUUUUGCUACCACAAAAAUCUCUAUUAACCGGAUCUAACUAGUCAAGCUUUCUAGAUGCAAUUUGCACUACGUAUGGUUGACAGUAUAUUUCUCAUCAACAGUCUGUAACAAUAUUCGAGAUACCUAGUAGUAACCUAUAAUGUAUAAUGCAACACUGGAAAAUAGUAUAUCUGUAAUGAAAGUAAAUCUCAUUUAUGGCCAAAUCAAGGGAAAAACUUAAGUCAAUUCUACCUGAGUCAACCUGAGUGGUGGCCGACCUGGCACAGAAUGCUAACUAAACCAACUCUAACUAUAUAUAUUUUCACUAAAACAAAAACAAAACGAUGUGCCUGUAAUUUAAAGCACUCUGUAGAGGGCUGAUGAAACUAAUCUUUUUCAUUACUGCGUGCACUCUUUAUCUCGUACGUUAGGUGAGUGCUUAAUUCAGACAGCACAAACAAGUGCAGAGAGUGCAUUUCCUAGCCUUAAUAUGGGAGGGGUAAUUUCCUGUAGUUCAUAGGCUUUUAUUAUUGUGCAUAAAUGUUAGAAAACAUCUACUAAUCAGUUUUAUGUAUUUGAAUAUUGACAAUUGGUGUUUUUCAGUCACUUUCUCAUCUGUACCUUAGUGUCCAGUGUCAUGCUUACUCAUUAGAGACUUCAAAAGAAUUAUUAAAGUUUAAAAAGCAAAAAGAAAAACCUCUGCCAUAGUACUAGUUUUGUUUCUUUACGUAAUCUGCAUUUGGUAUUAGUGCUUGCAAUUGUAUUUAAAUCAGAAGCUGAUUUUUAAAGGCAUACAUAAUUAAAAGGAUGCCAUUCUUUUAUUUCAUAUCAAUAAUUUAAACGUUGAUAUGCUAAAGAAAUUUGCACAGCACUAAAGCAUGAGCUAGUUUCAUCUAAACCUGUAAAAAUAAAAAAUAAAAUAAAAAAAAUAAAAAAAAUAAAAGAUUUUAUAUUUUUUUCACUGGGGAGGAAUUCUUCCUGGCUGAAAUUACAAAUAUGUGUAGAAUAUAUUUAAUAAAAAUCUUAUAAAAUACUUAACUAUAGAAGUUAAAUAUAGAUUGGCGUGUAGUAUAAUAGAACAAUAUUCCAUAUAAAUAGCUUUAGCCUUUAAAAGAAAGUCACAGGUUGACAUUGUGUUCUGUACUUACGUGUCCACAACUCUUACAGAUGUUCUAUAUAAUCUUUUUUUUUUUGAAUGAUUGGCAUCAUUCAAAUGUAAUCUGGUUAUUUUAUCCAUUGUUAUUGCUUUGAUGAAAUGCUUUAUAUGCAGUAGAUUUACACAAAUAUUGUUCAUACUGAUCGGAAUUAAAUUUGUAUAGAGCAGAGUUUUAAAACAAAAUGUAAAUAGCACUAAACAUUUUCUUUCUGCAACCUGUACUGAUAGACUCCCCUGUAAACUAAAUAAAAAAAUAUUGUAGUGCA